UUUGAAACUUUUGAAAUGUUGACCCAUUUGUUGCUUUUGACCUUCAGAGAUUGGUUCCUGCUGUUAGUUAGAGCACCUCCCAUUCCCAAAUGUCAGUAUUUUUGGAUCAGCACAAGCAGGGGAAAGUUGACACCGAGGUUGUUUGACCUCGGUUUGUCUACACUGAGUCUCAUUCCACAGACUGAAGGUUGUCUUCUGCUGCAAACGGUUCAGUUUAGGCUGCUGGACUGUACUGACUCAUGGGUGUGGGCAAAGACGCUUCUCAUCCGUCUGACUGUGCGUCUGCAGGAGAACCAAACCUUCUCCAACUGCGGCCAAGAAUUAAAGAAAAUCAAGAUGAACCCGUCCGACCAGAGGCACUUCACGGUUAUAGACUAUGUGAUAUUUGCAUUCCUGCUCGCUGCCUCUGUGGGCAUCGGGCUGUACCAUGCUCUUUCAGGUGGGCGUCAGCGCACUACACAGGAGUUCUUGAUGGCAGACAGGAACAUGCACUGUCUUCCUGUUUCACUGUCGCUCAUCGCCUCAUUCCAGUCCGCUGUGGCGAUAAUAGGUGUACCGGCAGAAAUCUACACUCAUGGUACUCAGUACUGGUUCAUCGGCUGUGCCUACAUUCUGGGCCUCCUCAUUCCUGCACAUGUUUUCAUUCCGGUGCUGUACAGACUGCGGCUCUCCAGCGCUUACCAGUAUCUUGAACUGCGCUUCAGCAAACCGGUGCGUAUCUGUGGAACUUUGACCUUCAUCUUUCAGACGGUUAUCUAUAUGGGAGUUUGUGUGUAUACUCCUGCCUUGGCACUAAAUGCAGUUACUGGAUUUAAAUUAUGGGCAGCAGUGCUGGCCACUGGACUAGUGUGCACAUUGUACACAACAAUGGGCGGUUUGAAGGCAGUCAUCUGGACAGACGUCUUUCAGACUAUUGUGAUGUUUGCAGGGCAGCUGGCUGUCAUCGUGGUGGGAGUGCAGCGGACUGGAGGAGUGUCUGAAGUCUGGAGUAAAGUUUGUGAAGGAAACCGCAUCUCAACUCUCGACCUAAACCCUGAUCCUACAGAGAGACACACCUUCUGGACUCUGGGGGUUGGUGGGGUCUUCCUCAUGCUGUCCCUGUACGGAGUGAACCAGGCUCAGGUCCAAAGAUAUCUCAGCUCGCGCACAGAGAAAGAGGCUGUCAGGUCUUGCUAUAUGGUGUUUCCCUCCCUGCAGUUGGCUCUGGCUCUAAGCUGUGUGAUGGGACUGGUCAUGUUUGCACGUUACUGUGGAGAGGAUUACUCUGAUAUGCUGGGCACCACUUCAAGGGAUGCGAUGGUGAUAUACUUUGUGAUGGAUAUGCUGCAAGGUCUGCCUGGACUGCCUGGACUGUUUGUUGCAUGUUUAUUCAGUGCAGCUCUCAGCACUAUCUCUUCUGCUUUUAACUCUUUGGCCACUGUGACAAUGGAAGACCUCAUCAAACCACAUUUCCUUGCCAUGACAGAGGCAAGAGCAACCCUGCUGUCCAAAGCCUUAGCUAUGUCCUAUGGGCUGCUGUGUCUGGCCAUGGCCUAUCUCACUCACCUAAUGGGCGAUUCAGUUCUACAGGUGGCUUUGAAAAUCUUUGGGAUGGUUGGUGGCCCUAUUCUUGGUCUGUUUUGUCUCGGGAUCUUCUUCCCGUGGGCCAACUCCACUGGAGCAUUGGCUGGUCUGGGAGCGGGUCUGGCUUUGGCUUUCUGGGUCGGCAUCGGGAGCAUUGUCACUCGUAGCUCCAGCACGAGACCGCUGCCACCCGCCUGCAGAGCCAUCCUGCUGUCAGACAACACGACUACUGUCAUUCAGACUGCACUCAGCAACGUCACUCUGAGCCGACCGUCUGGUCUGAAGAGAUUUUAUUCAUUGUCCUACAUGUGGUACAGUGCAUUCAACUGCUUCACAGUCAUUCUAAUAGGCCUGAUCAUCAGCUUUCUCACAGGCCCUAUGAAAGAAGAAGAUGUGACACCAGGCACAAUCUAUCCCUUGUUAAGGAAACUGCUUUUUUUUCUACCUGAACACCUCAAAAAGAAGCUCUGCUGUGUGACUCCUCCGGGACGGACUCUCUCAGCACAACAAAGGCAGCCUCCACAAUACAAAGAAACCAACGGAUUGGCCUUCCCGCAAGAGGACGACAGACCAUCACAGGGAGAGACGGACAGUUUUCUCCACGAGGCUCAUACACCUUUUGUGGAGCAUGAAACAACUGUGUGAUAUCAAUUUCAUGUCCAGCUGGAAAACGGUUAAAAAGUCUUUAAACAAAGCACUAAAAAAUAAACAUGCGCAUUUUUAUUUCUAAUUUUGUUGCCUUUGCUUUGGGAUCAGAAUCAGAAAUACUGAUCCCCGAGGGGAAUAAUAAAUGCACUGUCAAAUGCUGCAGCAAGGUCAAAGCAAAACAAUGUUCAGUCAACACUAGAGGUUUUUUGUUUAAAUUUUUUUUUUUUUUAUCUUAUGACGUCUUUGUGUCCUCAAGAAAAGGCUUGAGUGAAGCUGAGCCUGUUAGUUUUACAGAUAUAUGUAGACAAAAAAGCUGCACUAUACUGUUUUAUGAGAAUUAUUGGAUGUCCUGUGAACUUUAGAGCAACUAAAAAUGUUUAUGUAUAUACAUGUAUACAUUUUUUAUAUAUAUAUAUAUAUAUAUAUAUAUAAAUAAAUAAAUAAUAUACUGUACAUUUUAUAUGGAAAUGGAAAUAAAAAUGUAUUGUUUAGUACUACUGCAGCUGUGACUGGUCCUGUGUCAUACACUGGUCAGAUGAUAGUACCUCACUUUUUAAUGUAUGAGUGAAUUUUGUCUGUAUUUGUCACAGAUGAAACACAGAAAAUCCCUUUCUAAGAAGGAUUAAAGAGUUUGUAGAUAUCCAUUUGCAUUAUUUUGUCCUUCUAUUUAAAUUGUCCGCUAGUGAAAAAUUAUUUACAGUUCAUCUGAGGUAUUUGUGCUUGAGUAUUUUAAUUUUAUGCUGCAUUACAUUUUAGAUGGAAAUAUUGUACUUUUUACUCCACUACACAUACACUAGCAGCUAUAGUUACUAGUUACUUUUCACAUCAAGAUUUUAAAAACCUAUGAGCAUAUAAAAUACAACGCAUUGUUUACAGUAAAUUAAACCACACAACAGUAUAUAAAAUGAGUGUAUAAUGCAACAAUGAUGGAGCUCAUUUUUCCUCCAUAGUGAGUGCUUUUACUUAAAUACAAUUUUGAAUGCAGGUCUUAAAUGGAGUAUUUUUAUAUUGUGGAAUUGCUACUUUUACUUAAGUAAAACAUCUGAAUUCUUCCACCACUGAAUGUUUUUAGACCAUGACCCAUGUACUAGGGGCUAAAAGUCAUAUUUUGGCCUCUGCGCUUUGAUUUUGACUUUUCUGUCACUCACAAGUCUCCCAACUUGAAAUUGUAACAUAGUGUAAUAAUGAUAAAACAUUUUAUUGUGUUUUUAAUGUUUUGCAUGUGUGCGUUUACUAUUUCAUUCUUUCCAUAAUGUUUAUUUUUCUUUAUUUAACCAGGAAGUCCCCUGGGCUAUGCUAUCUCUUUACAAGAGAGCGACAUGGCCAAAAUGGCAGUUUAUAGUAGUUAACACAGUCACGUAAAUUAAUGUACAACAUUUACAUAUAGCACAAUAACAUCAAUUUGCUAAUUUAAAAAAAUGAUUAUGGUUUGUACAGGCAGUUUUCUUAAAGCUGUGAUGAGUGAGGAACCUCCAUCAGACAGAAGUUGAGCAACAUGACUGGGAUACUGUACAUCUGGUAAAUAAUUUGUUCAGACCUAGGUUGUGCAUAUGUAAUAUAAUGUUUAUUUUAAAUCACCUAUGGGAGUAGAAUGUUAUACAAGGUUACAUAUACAAAGCUUCUCUAUACUCUGCUUACAUGGAAGUCCUAAACACAAGGGUUGUAUAAUAAUUGUAGCCAGUCUGUAAACCAGUGAAGGCUAUAUAAAAGGCUGUAAUUAUGUACCAUAAAA